GGCUAUGUAUAACGUGGGUUGGGUUUUGAUGUGGAUUUUUUCAAAUACACCUGACCAUAAAACAUUUUUGAGAAAUAAUUCACUGCGGAUGGUGCAUUUUGCAUGAUGAUGAAGGCUUUGGAUUUUCUACAAUUUAUUGGAUGCGUCCUUGCCUUGGCUUUCUUUUCGUCAAGUUCUGGGCUCGACUCGGCCGAAAUCGAAGAAAAUCGUAGCUUAGAUAUUGAGUUAUUGGACAACGAGGUUCAACUUGUCGAGAAAAAGGAGCUAAAGAAUGGGUUGCUUACAAUGGAACACAUUAUCCAGCGAGAGAGGACUGACACUACUGGUGAUAAAAGUCCCCUUAUGAACCUCAUGGAGGAGAUGGUCUUUGAAAAACGAUCCAAAGAAAAGAGCUGUCUUCAGUACGACGGUUGGGCGAUCGAAUAUUUUUAUAAAAUAGCUGGGUGCAAGAUAGAGGUGGACAUGGAUAAUAAGUGCACAAUAGUGUAUGAUUGUCCAAAAGGUUGCAUACCAGAAUCGAAUGACGGAAAGCUGUACAAAAUUGGAGAGAAAUGGAAGAAAGAUAAAGAUGUAUGUGAAUGCGUUUGGCCUCGAUUCCUCUAUUUUGACGUACCUGGCGUUCCGUCAGGAGGUGUGCCUCUACCCCCUGUCAAAAUGUGUCGACUUGAAGGGUGCGAGACCGAGGAUGAAAAGUUCUUAGAACCGAAGCGAAACUAUAUGAACCACCAAGGCCACGUAUGUCGUUGUGUCAAAGGGCCUGAUCCAUACUUAAUGGACUUCCCGACAUUGUUCCAUAUCCAGUGUUAUGUAGACGCGGGUGGAACCCCUGAUGUACCCCCACCCGGAGGUGUUCUAGAAGAUAGUAUACCAGCUGAGAUAACAGACAAUAUGGAAGAUAAUGCCUUGAAUGACUUUAAGCCAAAGAAGAAACGUCGGGGGUGCAUGAGAAAUCAGCCAAUUUGUACGACAGGGAAGAAAUGUUGCGGUUGUCCGAGAAUGUUUAUUGAUCCUUCAACUGGGGAGACCAGUUUUCCCAGAGAUGUAGUUAAAAAGGGGUUGUGUAGAAAAGUACGCUGCCUCAACAAGAAAUGCAGAGGUCUUUGGACCAAAAAGAAAAAGAAUGGAAACUAAUUUCAGAUCAACAACAACAAACAACUAACGAUAACGAAGAUGGAUUAUUUAUACCUACACCUUUUAAGACUGUGCGAGAAUCAAGAAUACGAUGUCUUCAAUACAAAGCCAUUUUAAAUCUAACGCAAAACAAUAACUUUUUAACUCAAAAGAUCAAAAAUUCAAAUUUGUGCAAUUUAUGCAAUAAUAACCAA